AUGACAAUAGAAUUCCAAGAAAUUUUUGAAAAAUUAGCGCUCGUGUCAGAAAACGACGAUUUCGAAACUUUAAAAUAUAAAUUCAUUUUGUCGUCAUUUAUUUUUGGUUACGUUAAUGAUUAUGUGACGGAUUGGAAACGACUCUUACAUAAUGCGUACGAAAACAAGUAUCAUACUCACCUCAACCAAGAAAGGAAAACGGAUAUUUCUGAUACAUAUACUUUGUGGCAAAAAUUUGAUUUGGCGAAAUCAGGCGAAGAUAUUGAAGGCUUUUUUAAAUUUUUAAAAAAAGAAGCUAUUAGAUAUAAUUUGCAAAAGUGUUCAAAUAUGCAUGGGAUUAGAUUAAACAUUAAUGAAACAUUUAAAGAGAUUUUGGAAUUAAGUGUUAGUAAUAAUAAUAUUACAAAGGCCUUAAGUGAUUGGGUUGAAUUCGCCGACAUUCAAUUUGAUGAUGUAAUUUUAUCAGGUAUAUUCGAUACAAGAACCAUACCACAUGCAAUAAAAACAAAUCUAAAACUAAGAGGGAUUUGGGAUUUAUUCGAUGAAAAAAUCCCAAUCCUGGAACUUCCUAUUGAAUUUGAGGAAUUUAUUGAGGGACUUGUAAUAAAUGAUGAUGACAGAAUUCCUGCUAAGUAUUAUAGUAAUGAAAAUGCAAAUUACAACAAAUUAAUGAGAGAAGAAUAUCGGGCUUUUAUGAUUUUGAUUCGUAAAAUAAUGAAAUUAUGGGAUAAUCCUACCUACAAAAGCGAAGAUAUUAUGAAAAGCACGUGGAAUCAUGAUGCAGUGGGACCUAUUAUUGAAUAUAUAUUGGAUAAUAUUUAUCUUUAUCAAAAUUGGGAAACCAAAACUGUUGAAUCAUCACUUGUUUUACGAGGAAUAUCAAAAAAAAGUGACUUUCAAGGUUACAAGUCAAGCUUAAUUAAAAAAUCAUAUAAAUAUGAAUUUAUAUUUGGAGAGACUUCGUAUGAUCUAAAUCAUUCCAAUAGCAAAAUUCACAUAUAUAAUGAUCAAGUGAGAUUAGCAAAAUUUGGAAAAAUUGCUUUCGAAUCACUAUUCAACUUUAUCCCUGAAAGAUUUCACAAACGUUUGGCAGAAGAAGUCAAUAUAUUUUUAAUUCAAUCACACAAAUAUUUUGUAACGCUUUCGCUUAUGGAUUAUAAAUUCUUCCCAUUUGGUAGAAUUCGAAGUCUGGAGAGUAUAUAUGUACCUGUAGAAAGAAGCCCGAAUUCAUUAACAUAUAUCAAGAAGAUGUGCAGACUUUUAUAUAACUAUCGUAUAUUUGUUAAAAAAACAGAUCAAGUUAUAGAUAAUCUCGACAAAGAAUUAGCAUCUUUAGGAGCUUACACUCCAUCUAUUCAAAUUCGAACUGCAGUGCGAGUUUUUAAGACACCAUAA